AUGAAAAGCAAAGUUUUAUUAAAAGGACUUGUCUGCGGUGGCACCCUCUUGUCUUCUGAUUAUCUUCGAUAUGGCAGUGGUAUGGCAUCUGCAUUCCUCAUCCCGAACUCAACUGGCACCGUUUUACACUCGCGACGUACUGCAGAGUUCGACAAGAACACAACCACGGCAUCAACUGAUGACGACGACGAAAGAAUUAAUAUCGCUUUGUCUGAGAGACUUGGUAAAGCUUCAAAUGGCUUUGUGAAAAAAUUACAGACGAUCAAGAUGGACUUGAAAAAGGUUCUGCGCAAUCAAAAGUACGAGCAAACACUUAAGAGCUUUACGAAAAACAAACUUGGAGACAUUCCCUUGAAUGAACUCUUUACGCAUCCAAACUUUAUCCUCUGGACUUCGAACACCGUCAAGCGCUACAAAUAUGACGAAAAGAAGGCCUACGACGCGAUGUACUUGAUAUUACUCAAGAACGUCAAAAAUCAAAAAGAGCUUACCGAAUGGCUCGGUAGCACUUCGGCCAGAACGCUUAAUAUGCUUGGAAUGUCUGAGCUGAACUAUUGGAAAGUAGAAAAAAAAUUCACUUUGGAAGAUCUCUACGACUUUCUAGAACUAGGGAGUCAAAAGGCUGAACUGCUGGAUAGCAAGAAAUUUGGCAGGUGGAUGGAUUAUGCGGUUGAAGUCAAAGAGAAUGCGCUAGACAAGUUGUGGUUAAUAUUGAGCCAUGAACGCAACGAUCAACAAAUUGUUGAACUGCUGCGAAAGCCACGGACGACAGGGAAUGCACAGCAUGUCGGGCGACAGUUGGAAAGUAAGUUGGUGUCAAAGUGGAUAUUGAUGGGAUACACAAAUGAAAAAGUACUUCAGCAUUUGGGUAUGAGCGAUCACGAAGUCACCGUCUGGUUGACUUAUUUAAGCACGGUAAAGAAAGACGCAUAUGCAUUAAUGAAGUCAAUGCACAUCAUUCCUGACAUCGAAACAGUGCUACAGUCUCAAAAUGAAGCCGCCAUCAACGCUGCAAAGAUCAUGCAUCAAGAACAAAAGACGAAGCGGGGCCAAGCUGGCGUUAGCGACAGUGAAAUCGUUGAAGCCUCGUAA